UGUAUGGUUUUAUUUAAUUGAUUUGUCAAUGGACAUCGCAAGAGCACAGAGUGCCAUUCCUAUCCUCUAUUUCUCCUCCCCAGGAGCGUUAAACUUUUAAUUAAGUCGCAUUAGAAGUUUCACUUCAAUAAAACAUUGAUAAAAACGAAGCCUCGAUCUAGAGCGGCGACAACAAUGAGCAGCGCUCUGGAUCCAGACCUGACACUGAUUACACUAUCGCAGUGGAAUGACCAAAAAUUGCGACGCAUUGCCGAUAACGGCGGCGGUGAGUGCGCGGCGCCCCGCACGCCACAGUGCGCGCCCGGCCGUCGCCGCCACGAAAUGUUACCGAUUUUCAUUUUACUAUACGUCUCAUCCGCCAAUUCCCUCUGCGAUGGCACGUGCUUCUGUAACUAUAAACACGCAGAUCAAGACUACAUGGGCGAAACAGUCGACUGCUCCCACAGAAACGUGGACGCCAAGGUCAAUUUAACGUUACCCAAAACGAUAUAUUCAUUAGAUUUGUCAUACAAUAAUAUAACAUCGAUAGAUUCAUCAAUUAUAUUCGAUUCAUCAACUAUGGUCGAGCUGUAUCUGAAUCGCAAUCAUAUUGUCAAUCUAAACUGUUCCUUGGCGUUACCUUCGUUGAAGAAGUUGGACUUAAGCGACAAUUCAAUUAGCAAAAUCGACGGACACGUUUUCGAUAAACUAAAGAAUCUAGAAUAUUUAAAUUUGGCCAACAACAAAUUUACGUCUCUUGAUAAAUUGACUUUUCAUCGAUUGACGAAUUUGAAGGAAAUCGUUUUAGACAACAACGACAUAGGCGAGGAGCUACGACGAGUGAAUUUGUUCGACAGAAGCGGCUUGGGUUUGACCGCGAAGAUCAGGUCGCUCAGCAUUCGCGGCGUGAAGUUAAAUCGAGUGCCAGACAACUUCUUUGUCGACGCCUACGAUAUUAGAAAACUCGUUAUAUCAAACAACAAUAUAACUGACGUUUUCGAAUUUCCAUUCACUUUAGAGUACUUAGAUAUCUCAGAUAACCCCAUUGAAAUUAUAUCCAGUGAAGACUUCGCAGAUCUAGCCGGAUUGAAAGUACUCAAACUCAAUAAUUUGAAAAUUACCGAAAUAUCCGGCUACAUGUUCGAACCAUUACAUUCUUUGACGUCUUUAGAGCUGGAACGGAACAUGAAUCUGACGAAAUUCGAUGCGUUUGCUUUCGGCAAAGAAGUCCUAGAAGAUGCCGACUAUUUCAAUUUGGAAGAGUUGUCCGUGCGAGGGUCGAGAUUAACCACACUGGACAAGAGAUUGAUGGAGCCAUUUGGAAGACUCAUAAAGCUAGACUUACAAGGAAACGCUUGGUCGUGUGACUGUAAAUUAUAUUGGAUCAAACAAUUGCAAAUACCUGAAGAAUACAGAGACCAUGUGAGAUGUUUCACACCGAAGUCUCUACACAACGCAAGGGCAUUGGAACUUGACGCCAAAUACUUUUCGUGUAAAAUAGGAAAAGGCCGUGUUGGCGGCGUCGUAGCCGUGGUCACAUUCUGCGUCAUAUUGGCUAUUAUAGCGCUUUGGAUAUUCAUAUACUUGCCGAGGUCACAAAGCAGAGGGAAUGCCAUAAGGCAGAUCCAUGUUUCUACAGCUACGUACAGUAUUCUGCCGGGAACUAUGCCGAUAGGAACCAUUCCCAUGCACGACUUCGGUAGUCGCUAAUUUAUCUAAAUUGAUUCUACUUUUGUGAUUACGAAACAUUAUUUAAGCGUAUGAUGAUAUUCAUCUGUGAUUAUGAUAAAUUAAAUUCGUUGUGAUUUAGUUGAUAAAUUAUGAUUAUUUAAGAUAAGAUUCGGAUGAGAUUUUUUUCAAUUUGCAUCCAUCUUUAAGUCGUCGUGAUCUUAUAGAUGGCACGUCCUAUGCACUCGUGUCGAUUGAUGCGACUGUGCCGAUUUUCGAAUCCGGCACAGUCGCCAAUUUUUAUAAUGAAAUAUGUACGUACUUAACAAAUGUUAACGAAUGAAUUCCACUAUGAAAAUUUUAUAAAUCGCUAAUACUGGCGGUAGGACGUCUUGUGAGUCCGCACGGGUAGGUACCACCACCCUGCCUAUUUCUGCCGUAAAGCAGUAAUGCAUUUCGGUUUGAAAGGUGGGGUAGCCGUUGUACUAUAAAACUGAGAAUUAGAACUCAUGCCUAAAUGUAGGUGGCGGCGUUUAGGCUGUUUUUUUCAAUGGACUCCGUUAACCACUUAACACAUGAUGGAUCGUAAGCUCGUCCACCCAUUUAUACUUUAAAAAAAAUCACGUAUUCAAUACGAUCAUCUUUACUGUAAAUAAAUAUUGACCAUUUGAUAUAGUAAUUGUUUUUUUUUCGGAGUAAUUCAAUAUUAAAAUAAUAAUGCCAAUGCAAAAAAGAUAUCAACUGAGAGUUUCUCCCCACAACAUUUUUAUAUUAAUAGAUUCUUCAACUUGAAGACUUCAAGAAUUUUUUUACUUCAAACUACAUAGUACAUUGUGUGGAUAAUUAAGUCUGUUGAUUAAAAUAUUAUUAAAGUUUUAUGUAUUAUUAAAUAUUAUUUAAGUUUUAUUAAUAUUAUUAAGGUUCUUUAGUAUUUCAAAACCUAUAAAAUAAAAAUAAAACAAAGAAAAAUUCACUUCAAAUUGUAUAUUAUUUAAAAAAUACAAAUAUUCAUUACGAAAUUGUGCAUUAUUUAGUUACUAGUGGCUGCGUUUUUGUGUAGGUCCGCUGGGGACCAAAACAUUCAGCAACUGGCCUCUCUUGUCACAUCACUACAGGGCAGCCAAUGUGUAUUAUAACAUCAGACGACAAGCUUUACUAUAGUCCAAUUCGCUGUUUUUUAUUGAUAACAUUUAUUUUUCUUCUUCAAUAAACAUAAAAAAUGUCCCUAGAACAAUUUUCUUUUCCUCAUAUCUCGUGUUUCUAAAUCACUAUAAUUUCAGACGUAUUGAAUAUAUUUAAAUGUUCCUUAACCAAAAUUGUCUAUAAUCACCGCUAUUGUAUUAAACAAAUGUUUAAGUUACCUUUAAAUUCUCAUAAAAAUAUUAAUAAAAUUGUAAUAUACAUACAUAGAUACGUGGCUACAUAGAUAAAAAUUGUAUUGAGAUUGUAACAACAUGUUAUUUUAUUACCCAAUAUGACUACUUAAUUAAAACUUAUGACGAUACUGUCGUCUCUAAAUAAUAAUCUACCACUUCUAUAUUUAACGAAGCGAACAGUCUUAGAGAAGGACACGGUUGAUAUAAUCCACGUCCAAAUAUAAUGAUUCUUGCCACACAAGACUUUUAGAUUAUUUAUCAUGCACACUACUGUGAUGUUUCUAUUAUAACAAUGAUUUAAUACAAGACGCAUAUCUUAAGUGUGUGUGAAGGCUUCAAAGGUUACAAAUAAAUUUCGACUAUAUUAUUAUAUUAUUAUGCUUAAGUAAUCUAGAUUUAUUCUGAAAAGAUUAUGAGCUGAUUUUUCAAUCUUCAGUGUGCUUAUUGCGAGUUUUUUAACGUUCUCGACAGCGUAAAGUUUCGUCUUCCUACGUUUUCCGCUAGGGGCGCUGUCCCAACUCCAUACAAAUUAGAGUUAACUUUUACGCUAUCGAGAACGUUCAAAACUCGCACUAAGUACGCAGAUUAAGUGACUCAACAUUAAAGCGAAAACAUAUAAUUGUUUUAUACAUUACAUUCAUUGGUACAUUAAUGUCAUUUCGAGUAUUAAUUAAUAUACUGCAAUAUUUA